GGUCUCCCGUCUCUGGUAUCCUGUCACUUCUCUGCUCGUCAUGGUGUGUCUCGAGUCCAACACCGCGUCUGCUGCGGUCCUGGCCAGCUUCAAGGCUCGUUGCGCCGAACAAGGGCUGCUGGACCGACCCCAGGGGUUGCAGGAGGGCGAUGUGGUCGAUGGCCUGACGGACGACCUGACCUUACUCCGCUUCCUCCAAGCCCGUCAACUCGAUCCCAGCAGCGCCCUGCAGCAAUUCGAGGCGGCCAUUCACUUUCGCCGCGACAAGAACCUCGCACACAUCUACGACACCAUCUCCAUCCAGGACUACGAAGCCACUCGCCAACUGUAUCCCAACUGGAUCGGCCGUCGCGACACUCACGGCCGGCCCCUCGUCUUCCUCGACGUCGCCAACCUCCACCCCGCCGCCCUGACCCGCUGGCGCAGCACACGCAGUGUCGAGGCCGGGCCCGAUCUGGCGCAACGGGCCUGUGCCGUCCUCGACGCGUUGACCCGCUUCGUGCUGCCGCUGUGCACCGCCGCCGCCGCGCAGCCCAUCACCAAAAGCAUCUUUCUCAUCGACAUGAAGGCGAUCACCAUCAAGCAGGGAUGGAAUGUCCGGGACUUUGCCAAGGAGAUCAGCGGGACGCUCGCCACGUGUUAUCCCGAGACCAUUGAGACGAUUUAUGUCUGCAAUGCCCCCGUCUACUUCAGUACCGUCUGGGCCAUCGUCAAGAACUUCAUCGAUCCCGUCACCGCCGAUAAAAUGGUCUUCCUGAAUGACAGCCAGGUCUACCCCGCCCUCGAGACGAUCAUCGACCACGCCAACAUUCCCCAGCAGUUUGGCGGCGCCUUGCCCGUGACCCAUGGCAUGCCCCCGGAUCUGGAUCCCGACUUGCGUCUCCUGCUCGGCGAGGAGAAAGCCGUCUUGCCCGAGGGCCCGUUGAAGUGGACGGAGGAUGACUCGGGACGCAGGGUCUUGGUGGCUACCGGGUCGACGGAGGAGGGGCUGCGCAGGGAAUGCCUGGCUACCCUCUAG